UUACCUGAAAUUGGAGAAGUCAAUGUUCAUACCGCUGGGGUGUAAACUACCCAAACAAAAUAUGAGGUGCUGUUCCUCCAAAUUGCGGAGGGCCGCACUCUGGCCAUGGAGGGACGCAGGACAUAAAGGUCGGAUUCGGAAUGGAAAGGGUUGGAGUGCUGAGCCACCGGGAGAUCAGGUUGAUUAUUGCGAACUGAGCGGAGGUGUUGGGCGAAGCGUUCGCCAAACCUACGCUUGGUCUCACCGAUGUAGAGAAGUCGACACCCAAUGCAAGCGGAUGCAAUAGAUGAAGUUGGAGGAGGUGCAGGUGAGCCUCUGCCUCACCUGGAAAGACUGCUUGGAUAGAGGCAAGGGGGGAGGUAAAGCGACAAGUGUAGCAUUUCCUGCGGUUGCAAGGGAAAGUACCAGGGGAGGGGGUGGUUUGUGUGGGAAGGGACAAAUUGACAAGGGAGUUACGGAGGGAACGGAAAGCAGAAAGGGGAGGAGAUGGGAAGAUGUGGCCAGUGGUGGGAUCCCGUUGGAGGUGGAAAAAAUGUCAGAGGAUUAUCUGUUGUAUGUGAUGGCUGGUAGGGUGGAGGAUGAGGACAAGGGGGUCUCUGUCCUUGUUACCAAUGGGGGGAAUGGGGAGUGAGAGCGGAGCUGUGGGAUGUAGAGGAGACCCUGGUGAGAGCCUCAUCUAUAGUAGAAGAGGGAAACCCCCGUUCCCUAAAGAAUGAGGAAAUCUCCAAUGCCCUGGUUUGGAACACCUCAUCUUGGGUGCAGAUGUGGCAUCGACGUAGGAAUUGGGAGUAGGGGAUAGAGUCCUUGCAGGAAGCAGGGGGGGAAGAAGUGUAGUCCAGAUAAUCCAGGCCUGGUGCUCGACUGUGGGGUCAUGGUCCAAGGUUAAGUAGGAGGAGAUGUCUGAGAGUUGGCGCCUGGCCUCAGACGGGUAGAGGUCAGCGCACCAGACUACCAUGGCACCUCCCUUGUCGGCAGGUUUGAUCACCCAGUCAUGGUUCAUAUCUUUUUUCUCACUGGUACUUUCUCCUAUCAUUGAUCAAUAACACAGUUGGCUCUCAUUGUUGCGGCGAAUGCGGGCCAGAGGGCAAGGACUCAGCAAUUCGAAACCUGCAUUGCGCCACCCAGCAAAAAUAAAUAAAAUGUCGUUUUUUAUUAUUUUCAAAUAACUAGUGAGGUAAAUUCAUUUCAAGCAGAGAGUGCACCUGCUACAAGGAGUGCUGUGCCGGAUCCCUUUGCCCUCUGAUACUGGCUGCUUGCGUGUGUGUGAGGAAUCUGCUCAUUUCCUGGUUGGGUCGCCGGGCGAGGCUUAAAGGGGUUUAAAAAUGGAAGGGAACAGCGACAAAGUGGAUAAGUGCCUGAGAAUAGCCCGGAAAGCGCUGCAGAAUGCCGAACACGACAAAGCGCUGAAAUUCUUGAACAAAGCGGAGAAAUUAUACCCAAGUAUCGAGGCAAAAGCAUUAAUAGACGCCAUCAGCAAGAACGGAAGCGCCGCUGGUGGUCCAGGACAUCGAACUGAGUCAGAGAAGCCCAACCAGGGCAAGUCCAUGGGUCUGGCGCAGAACGAAGCCACGCUGGAGACGGAGAAGAAGGUGGACAUGAAGGCCUACACCAGCGAGCAGUUUGACGGGGUCCAGAGGAUAAAGAAAUGUAAUGACUUCUACGAGAUUCUGGGAAUCGUCAAGGAUGCAUCUGAGGAGGAUCUGAAGAAGGCGUACAGGAAGCUGGCACUGAAGUUUCACCCGGAUAAAAACCAUGCCCUGGGGGCCACUGGGGGCGAUUGGAAACGCCUACACCGUGCUCAGUAACCCAGUGAAAUGACUAUGUUUAAGUAAAUUAAGGAGAGCAAAAUUGGCAUUGCAAAGUAAAAUUAACCAGAGCCAGGGGCUUUCCAAUGAAGUGACUCUCUGUGGUAGGUGCCAUCUCAUUACACAAUUGUUGUGCAAGAAUCAGGAAUAUUUCCUUCAGGCUAGAGAUGUAGUUGGAGAGCGACUAAAACAGGACUAUGAAUAAAGUUCUUCUGAAGUGUUUGAAGUUGGAGAUUCAAUCAAAAAGCAGAACCUCGGGGGUAGUCAUCUCCCAAUUGUUUAUGAGAAAUGCACCAUUUGGCAAGGGGACAGAUCUGAUAGUAAGUGCAUUAUUCAAAGCGUAGAGUUCGGGAAUAUACUUUCAUUUAAUGGAACAUGAGCAGCAGAAAUAUGUUAAGAAGACAAUGGUUCUGUUGGGAUGUGCUCCACUUCAAGAUGUGACAGUGGACGAGCAAUCUUGAUUUCAUAGAAGAAAUACUUGCAAAUUCUCAGGAAAAUUAUGAGUAGUGAAUCCUCCACAAAGAAGUGUGCUAGCUGUUUAACUAAAUAAGUUAAGGAUAUCAUUGAAUUA